CAUUUCCUGAUUGAGGACUUGCAACCACACCUCAGCUGGUGAUUUCGCGUGCAAUCUCAGGGGCAAGGCGGAGGGUAGAAAUGCAGUUUUCUUCGAGGGCCUCCCUGCUCUUUUAAACCUCCUGACCAGUUUGAAACUUUAACAGCGCAGGUCCCUCCCAGAGCUGGGGAAGUUCUGAAGAAACAGAAAAGCAAGCAGCAGCGGAGAGGACUUGGAGCAGAACCUUUGGAGGUUUGGGGAGACGUCCACACUGACUGCUUUUGAGACUGCCCUCGGUAUCGGACUGAUUCUGGAUGGCUCUUGAUUUAAUAGGACUUCAUCGAUUUGAAGACUAGCCCUCGUCUUCAGUUACGUCGUCAACUGCCAGUAAGGCGGCAGGACGGGCAAGGAAUUAAAUUGGCAGAUGCCAGGGAUGAGUGAAUUCUGGCACAAGAUGAGUUGCUGUGUGGUGACCAAACCCCCACCGAAGAAGAAGAGGAGAAAGAUUGAUCGCAGCAUGAUUGGGGAGCCCAUGAACUUCGUCCACCUGACACACAUCGGCUCUGGGGAAAUGGCUGAAGGAAUGCCUCCGUUGGGGUCAAUGCAGAAGAUGAGGUCGAAAGUGCACAGCACCAAUGGUCACAGUGGUGUGUGAUAACUGCCCAGCGGGAAAUGGCAAAUAUCAGGACCUCCCUUAUCCUUCUAAAAUUCCCUAGCAGUUACUUCAGUCCCAGAACAGCACUUAACCAUGUCCCUGCGCAGUGUCCAUCCUACGUCUUCACCCCACUGGGAACCAGUGAGGUGUGUGUGCUGGACACUAACGGCUGUGGACAGCCUUGAAUGGUCUGAACUUUUAUAUACUUGUAAUGCAAAGUGUUUUCUGAGUGUACAAAACCCUGCUGCUGCUGCCAGUCAACACGGAUGUUAUUAAUACUGGGAAAUCAGUCAGAUAAUGGUGCCGGCUUCCUUUUAAGGGUCUUGUAUGUGUGUAUAUAUGGCACUGCAGUACUUGAGGUUUUAACUUGGUUUUAGUUUGUGUUAUCAGUGUGUAAUCGGCGUGUCUUAUUAACCUAUUAGAGUAUUAUUGCGGUUUUGGUGCAGAUUCCACUGCCAGUUCCCUUUUGAGGGAAUAUCCAGGUCAAGGCAGUGGUGCCAAAUUGUAUGCG